ACUAAACUUCGUACACUUGCUGCAUACAGGAAUUCGAUUUUUGCUCUUCUCAACCAAUCUUGAAGAAUUCAUUGUCUCUGACUUGUAGUUUUUCGCUUGUAAUCGGCCUUUGCAGAACAUAACCCUGCGUUGCUCCGUUUGAGCAGGUUUAUCUUAAAUAAAUAAUUUAUAAAAAUAAAAAGCCCAUAAAAAUGCCGGAUCAUCUUGGAGAUGAUAUGCGAAAAGUGAAGGGUGACGAGGAAAAAGAGGAGAAGGAUAUCAAACCUCUCGAUGAAGGAGAUAUCGCCCUACUAAAGACAUACGGACAAGGCCAGUACACAAAAAGUAUAAAAGCUGUCGAAGAAGAUAUCCAGACCAUCAUAAAGCAAGUCAACGAAUUGACUGGAAUCAAAGAGUCAGACACUGGACUUGCUCCACCUGCGCUGUGGGAUCUGGCAGCUGAUAAACAAACUCUUCAGCAUGAGCAGCCGCUGCAAGUUGCUCGCUGCACAAAGAUCAUCAAUGCUGAUUCAGAUGAUCCCAAGUACAUCAUCAAUGUCAAGCAAUUCGCAAAGUUUGUGGUGGAUCUGGCUGAUUCGGUUGCACCUACCGAUAUUGAGGAGGGAAUGAGGGUCGGCGUGGAUCGUAACAAGUAUCAGAUUCACAUACCUUUGCCACCAAAGAUCGACCCUACUGUGACUAUGAUGCAAGUAGAGGAGAAACCCGAUGUGACUUACAGUGAUGUUGGAGGUUGCAAAGAGCAGAUAGAGAAACUGAGAGAAGUCGUGGAAACUCCACUGCUUCAUCCAGAGAAAUUCGUAAACUUGGGUAUCGAACCGCCAAAGGGUGUACUUCUGUUUGGCCCGCCAGGAACUGGAAAGACACUUUGUGCUAGAGCAGUGGCCAACAGAACAGACGCUUGCUUUAUCCGUGUCAUUGGUUCAGAGCUUGUUCAGAAAUACGUUGGAGAGGGAGCCAGGAUGGUAAGAGAAUUGUUUGAAAUGGCUAGAAGUAAAAAGGCUUGUCUCAUAUUCUUCGACGAAAUCGACGCUAUUGGCGGUGCUCGAUUCGACGACGGCGCUGGCGGAGACAACGAAGUUCAGAGAACUAUGCUCGAGCUGAUCAACCAACUCGACGGUUUCGAUCCUCGAGGAAACAUCAAAGUUCUGAUGGCAACGAACAGACCCGACACCCUGGACCCGGCGCUCAUGAGACCCGGACGUCUGGAUCGUAAAAUCGAAUUCGGCCUUCCCGACCUCGAGGGCCGCACGCACAUUUUCAAAAUCCACGCUCGGCCGAUGAGCAUCGAGAGGGACAUCAGAUUCGAGCUGUUGGCUCGUCUCUGCCCGAACAGCACCGGUGCCGAGAUACACUCGGUCUGCACGGAGGCUGGUAUGUUCGCCAUCCGAGCCAGGCGUAAGGUCGCCACCGAGAAGGACUUCCUCGAGGCUGUGACCAAGGUCAUCAAGUCAUACGCCAAGUUCUCCGCUACGCCCAAGUACAUGGCUUACAACUAAGGUCGUGCGUUUAUCUCCAUUCUCGGCUUUUCUACACACGUGAUUAUUGCGUUGAACGUUUAAUCUAUUGCCUGAUUACUCGAUUUAAGUUAAAUAAAUUUACAUUGUAAAAUUUAAUGAAAAAUACAGAUGUUUUUAAUGAAAUUAA